GCCACGAUGCUGUUUGCGGAGCUGCCCUACACGUUGGCCACAGAGGAGGCGGAGCGGAUCGGGGUGGAUCACGUGGCCAGGAUGACGGCGACGGGGAGCGGGGAGAAUUCAACCGUGGCGGAGCAUUUGAUCGCCCAGCGCGCCAUCAAAAUGCUGCACAGCCGCGUGCGCCUCAUCCUGGAGUACGUGAGGGCGGCCGGAGAGCGGGUGAGCGCUGUCCCGUUCAACCAUGAGAUCCUGCGCGAGGCGUGCGCACUGUGCCAUUGCCUGCCUGUCCUCAGCACGGACAAGUUCAAAACGGACUUCUAUGAUCAAUGCAACGACGUGGGGCUGAUGGCCUAUUUGGGCACCAUCACCAAGACGUGCAACACCAUGAAUCAGUUCGUCAACAAGUUCAAUGUGCUGUACGACCGGCAGGGCAUCGGGCGGCCGCAUGCGGGGGCUUUUUCUUCUGACAGCGCCUCCGUCCGUUCCUUUAUUGGCUCAUUAAAAGCGUGCAGCCGACAAAACAGACCCGUGGGGGGCUGGGGGGGGGGGGGCUGGGGGCUCCGGUGCCAUUCAGAAGGGGGUCCUAUGCUAUAA